AUGAACCAUGUCAGGAAAAUAUUAGUCAAUUAUAACAUUAGUAAAGUUUUUAAUUGGGUUGACAGCACUGCUGUACUUUAUUGGCUGAAGGAAAGAGGCAGUUGGUCACAAUUUGUAAGAAACCGAGUUCAGCAAAUCUUAUUAAAUGGAGAAGUAAAAUGGCUUUAUGUCCCAACAAAAGAAAACCCUAGCGAUCUUGGAGCAAGAGGAGUGAGUCCGGAAAAGUUGUCAAGCUUGUGGUUCAAUGGUCCAAUAUGGUUGAGUUAUAAAGAAAAUUGGUCAAACCAAUCGGAAAUAUUUGAUAACUCAUAUGGCACAUUAUGUGAAAGUAUUGCUCUAAAGGAGAACAUCUGGAUGGUAACAGAAGAAAUAAAGGAAAAUCGCACUUUUGAAGAAUUGUGGAAUAAAUAUAACUAUUGGAAGAUUUUAAGGAUAUCGUCGUUUAUAAAAAGGUUCAUUUACAAUUGUUGCAAUAAAGAAAAAAUAGUCGGACCAAAAACGGAAGAGAUGAUAGAAGCCGAAACGGUCAAUAUUAAACAUCUACAAGGAUCUGUUGUGCUAAAAGCCGAUGUGGAACUUAAACAGGAUGAAAAGAAUCUUUGGAGGUGUCAUGGAAGAGUUACUGGGUAUAGCCUAAUAUUUAUACCAAAAGGGCUCUUACUAACUCUACGAAUUAUUGAGCACCAUCACACCAAAACCUUACACGGAGGAGUCGGAGAUACCAUGGCUAGCAUAAGAGAAAGAUUCUGGAUACCGAAUUUGAGAGUGGCCGUUAAAAAAGUUAUUCGUAGUUGCAAUUUGUGUAAAAGGUACAGAGUGAAGCCUCUGUUACCACCAACAAAAGCAAUGUUACCGCACUUUAGAACUGACAAUGUUGAACCAUUUGCAGUUAGUGAUGUUGAUUUUGCCGGACCGUUAAAGUAUAAAGUACCAAAAAAUUCGAUUAAAAAAUGCUACGUUGCACUUUUUACAUGCGCAAGCACUAGAGCCGUUUAUCUUAAACUUUGUCAUGACCUAUCAGCAGUAGAAUUUCAGAGGGUUUUAAAAGAAUUUGUUGCGAGGAAAGGACCACCUCAGAUGAUAAUCAGUGACAAUGCGAAAACAUUUGUGGCAACAGGGAAGUGGUUACUUACACUUAAAAACGACGAGAAUAUUGCCAACUAUCUUGCUAUACAAGUUAUAAAAUGGAGGUUUAAUCUAUCAAGAGCCCCUUGGUGGGGAGGUUUGUUUGAAAGAUUGAUUGGAAUAAUGAAGAAAAGCUUAUCUAAAACUAUCGGUAAAGGGAUGCUUACUUUUAAUGAAUUAGAGGAAGUAUUGUUGGAUGUUGAGUGCUCAAUGAACAAUAGACCACUUUGGUACCAAGGUGACCAGUUCGACAAUCAAGUACUGACACCAAACUUAUUAAUGAGGGGAAAACCUGCAAUAUUGCUUGAAGAAGAUAUUGCUUUAAUUGCAAAAGAAGAAUAUGCAAUACGGAGAGCCAAGUUUAUAAAAAACUGUAAAACCCAUCUGAGAAAAAGAUGGAUGAACGAAUAUAUACAUGCAAUGGAAGAACGACAGCAAGUAAGGAAUAAGGGAAGUAACAUAAAACUGCCAGUUGUUGGAAGCGUGGUACUUAUUACAGAGGAUAUAAAAAACAAAGCACUUCUAAAUAUUGGACGAGUUGAAAGUGAAAUCAAAGGAAAAGAUGGAGUUACGCGUGGCUUAAAAAUACUAUUAGGGAACGGUUAUGUUAUUGAACGACCAAUUUAA